UUUAAUAUUUUAUUUUUGUAUAUGACAAAUGUUUUAAAGGACAAACAGUACAAUUUCCCAAAGGACAAGAGGCAAAUGGACUUCCUUGUUUUUCUUUGAAAAUGUUUUGCUUCUCGUCCAAGAAGCUUCUUCAGCUCUGACUAGAUUGUGGGGAUUGGAAGGAUUUAUAUUCCCAGCAUUCUUGGGGUUAAAGUGUGCCAGUUGCCUCUUGAAAAAGCACCUUUGGGACAACCAUGACCUGGAUGACUGAGAAUCUCCAUAGACAAACAGUAUGAUAUUAGAAGUAGCCCAUUUCUUUAACUUUGGUUCUCUGCUUGCAUAUGGGAAAUAAGUUAUGCAUUUGAAUUUAUGAGAUAUUGUUGGAAAACAUGUUUAAAUCAAACUAUUUCAGAGGACUGAAUACAAAGGGAUGUUUCCUUCCACCAGCAGAAAUUUAAUGUUUUGAUCCUCAAAAUUAUUAUACCAGCCAUUUACAUUCAAGAGAGUCAAAUAAUACACCACUCUCUUUCUCUAACUAGCUGAUUUCUGGAGGCAGAGUGAGAUAUUUUGUUUAGCUCUCUUCUAAUACUAGCUAGCAUCCCAAAUCACAUAUGAGAUAUUCAGUAAAUACACCAUACAUCUGGUAGUAUGCUUAAGGAUUUUGUGGUAAAGAAAUGGCUGCCAGUGAGUUAGUGGAUGAAGUAAAUUCAUUGGAGAUUGAGGUACUGAAAUUUUAGAAAUUGCUGUACUAAAGACUUUUAAACACAUGUCAGGUUUGGAAUUUCCAUCCUAUAUUUUAAAAUAAACACAUUUGUAUUUAAAAUGAGAAAUAGGUUUUGUUUUGUAUGGUUCUUGAAACAUUUCAGUUAUAAAAUACAAUUAGAUACUUAUUGUGUUUAUGUGAAACUAAAUGCCAAUGUGAUCAGUAAAACAUUCCCUAGUAAAUGAGCUAACUGCAGCAUGAAAACACAAUUUCUUAGUUCUCUAUUUAAACAAAAUCCUCAUUAAAUUUUUUUAGGCUUUUCGGUAUGAUAAAGUUUGGAUUGCAGUUUCAGUUUUAUACUUAUACUGUUUCUCAUUAUUCUUCAGACAAGAAAGCAGAAAUAGAUAGUCUUGCUGCACAAUAUAUUUCAACAGUGCGGGAUCUGUCAUCGGAGCAAAGAGUGGAAAUCUUGCAGAAGAUCCAAAAUGCUUAUACAAAAUGCAAAGAAUAUAGUGAUGACAAAGUGCAGUUGGCCAUGCAGACCUACGAGAUGGUGGACAAGCACAUUCGACGGCUGGAUGCUGACCUUGCCCGAUUUGAAGCUGAUUUGAAGGAUAAGUUGGAAGGCAGUGAUUUUGAAAGUCCUGUGACACAAAACUUAAAAAAGGGGAGAAUUCCAAAGGAUAAGAAAACAUCUCGUGGUCGAGGCCGGCGGACAUCAGAGGAAGAUGUUCCAGUGAAAAAGAAACCAAAACGAAGAUCUGAAUUAGCUGAUACCAUCCUGUCAGUUCACCCUUCUGAUGUCUUGGACAUGCCAGUGGAUCCCAAUGAACCCACAUACUGCUUGUGCCAUCAAGUAUCUUAUGGAGAAAUGAUUGGGUGUGACAACCCUGAUUGUCCAAUUGAAUGGUUUCACUUUGCUUGUGUGGAUCUCACAACCAAACCCAAAGGGAAAUGGUAUUGUCCUCGCUGUGCGCAGGACAAGAAGAAGAAGUAGAAAUGAUGUACAGUAUGAAAAAAGUUUAAUAUAUUCAUAGGUUGCAGAAUUUUGUUUUCAUCACCAACCCACCUUGUUUGGCCUGAAACAAAGCAGUAGCCAAAUGUUCUCUUUAUUAGCCAUGCUAAUGAUAAAAGUGGGGUAUAUAGGAAGUUCAUUAGUGAUGAUUAUUUGGGUUACAAAGUACAAUUCUUUGUCACUGUAAUCAAAGGUAUGAAAUACUUAAAAAGGUGUGAAGGUCUGCACUGGAAUUUCUGCUAAUAUACUGAACCCUGCCUGUGGCCUUUCAUGUGAAGAAGAUAGCAUUUUUUGUUGUCACAAAAUGUAGUCAUUUUGGGAAGCUUUCACCAGUGUCAUUUCACUGGCAGAAUGACAUGUUUUCUCUUGUAUUUCCCAAUGCAUCCUCUAAAAUUAUUGUAGAGAUUUGGGAUGAGCAUUGGGAAACACAUUCAGAGUGAAGUAUGAAUCCUGUUGCGUGAGAAGGCUAGACUUGCAUAAUUUUUGAUGCAGGCCUUUGCUUUGCACAAUAUUUAUGAAGUCUUUUAAAGCCAGUAUCAAAAUCUUUAUCAUUGUUGAUAAGGUAUGGAAUCUUGUAAUUCACUUUUGCAGGUAGAAUUUCCAUUUGUACAACAUUGGAUUCUGUCAAGGAGCUGAGAAUUUCCAUGUGCAAUUUUGCCUCUUUGGAAAUAAGUUUGCAGAGUUAUAUUUUACACAAAGAACAAAGAAAAUUUGUUUUUGAUUAGGGGAGCUCACACAUAAAAUAGAGGAGUUUCAAAAUUGUUAUUGUUUCGGUGUACUGCUCCUUCUGGGCUUCAUUCUGAUUUCACUGAAACUGAAGGCUCAGAGAAAUAAUACCUGUGUUAUCAGUAUAGUAUAAAUCUCUCAUAAAAUAAAGUAAGAUUUAAUAUUUUAAAAUAAGUUUGGAUUAACAAACAAAGGACCAGGAAAGCUAGUUUUCAGGGAAUAAAGUUUUAGAAAAGGAGAAGUUCCCAUAACUGCACAAAAGUGUUUGAUAGAAGGUUAUGCAGUUCUAAGGCUUACCUGAUAUGAAAUGCUCAUUUUCUGACUUCACUAAGAAAUUUUCUACUGCCCACUGUAAACGUUAGCAUUCUUUUCUGAGUUUCUCAUGUAAGUGAUCGGCAUUCCCCCAUCAAACACACACACACACACACACACUUUUUGUUGCUCAUCUGUCAUUCUCUCAUAGUUCAAAGUUUGCAUGCUUUUAUAUAAUUCAUAAACCUGACAAUUCUGUUCAGCUAGAUAAAAACACACUUGUUCAUCAAGGACUCUGUCAUACAAUCUUCAGCUUUUAAAUAGUAUGUUUUAACUUUUUAAAAAUAAAAAGUGAAGGCAAUUUAAAAGAGAAGCAUACCCUUUUACAAAUAGCUAGUUGUCUAAUUUGCUAGAAUUGGUUUUAGGUUGUAAUGUAAAGAUGAGUGCAAAAAUGUUAGCAAUCAAUCCCUUUCUUUAAACCAGAGACCACCAAACUUUAUUGGUUGGCGGACUGGAGGAAAAGGGAGGGGAAGCAUUUUAUAUGUGUGCACGCAUGGGGCCGCGAGCACACAUGUGCCACAAACGGGGUGGGGCUAGCGCCCAUGUGAUACUAGCCCUGCCUCGUUCUUGUGUGGUGCAGCACCUUGUUUCAAUGCGGCGGUGCCAUUUUUGCUCCCUGCAGUGCGGUGAUGGCCUGUUUCCGCUCCCUGUGGUGGCCAUUUUUGCGCCUUGCAGUGUGGUGGUGUCCCAUUUUUGUGUGGUGGCGGCUCUUUUUGCACUCUGGUGGUGCAGUGGCCCAUUUUCACACUCCGUGGCAUAUCCCAUUUUCACACCCCGAGGUGCGGCGGCUAAAUUUUACCUGUUUUUGCGCCCCACAGCCAUGGCACUAGCACAAGUGAGGGGGUGCGCGCAUGCACACACGUGUGCAUUGGCCAGCCUAUCCUGCAGCCCGGGUGCCAGUAGGCCACGAUCCACUACCAGGCUGCGGCCCACAGGUUGGGGACCCCUGCUUUAAAAAACUGCUACCGUUAUAUCUGCAGCAUCAAAAUGAAUCCGAUUUCAGUAUGGAAAAAUCAGAUCUCUAGAUUGCUGCAAAACACAAUUGUUAGUUUACAUUUAAAAAAAAACUUCAAGAGUUUGGUUUUUAUUAUGUAAGAAUGCAAAUUCUUAUAGUUUUAUACAUACAAUUUUGUAGUUAGUAAUGCAGUUCAGUUGCAGUAUUCUUUGUACCAUUUUAUGUUUUCUGUAACUGUACUUGCUUUCUAAAUGUGCAAACUGCAUUAUUUUCCUAAGAAGGAGAGAAGAAAUAAAAUUGUAAUAUUCAUGCUGUAGGGUUCUUAUGUGCUUCUGGAAUGUCGUAUUGCUAUACAGUGGUACCUCAGUACACAUCAUUAAUUGGUUCCAGGAAGCGUGAUGAGUACCAAAAAGAAAUUUCAAUACAUUCCCAAACCAAAAACAAUGCACAUUUUAAGGCAAUAUGUUAAAAGUUUUCUCAUGUAUACUUUACAUGACAAACAAAUCUAAAAAUUAAUACUUAUAUUAAAUAAAAUAAAAAAAUCAGUUUAACUGUACUGAUGAGAAAAAAAGUGCAAAUAUAUUCAAAAUUACCACAGAAACUAAGAUAAGACUGAAAGGGGAUGUGCACAAGGCAAGGACUACCAUAUGAUUAACAGAUCACCCUUUGUUUUGGCUGGAAAAAGUAGUGAGUCAUGAGGCAUCAGACACUGACAAGUUCUAGUUUGCAAGUUCUAGCUCUACAAAUGACAAGUACCAGGACAAAAUUUUUCCUUCAAAAUGCAUUGAGUACCAAAUUGGAUGAGUUUCAAAGCAGUUGAAUACUGAAGUACCACUAUAUAGUGUUGUUGUCAAUGCUUAAAAAUUUUAGAAGACAGAUUUUGUCCUAAGUCAGAUUCUUGCAAAAGAGAUGAAAAAAAGCACCGAUAAUAUUUCUUUUUACAAAAAGAGCAGGAGUCAUUGGUGUCCUGGAGUCACAAAUGAGUAGUCUGUUCCCACAUAAAUGCUAUUUGAUAAUUCCUAUCAUCUAAUACACUGUUCAUGCUGAUUAAAGUUGACAGACAUCAGGAAUCAGCAGAAUCUGGAGGAUUAUAUUGUAUCUAUUCCUGCCCUAAGUUGAGUUCCUAGAAGAGAACAAAAGAUAAAUGUGAAAUUGGGGGUGUACUAUACUGAUCUUCUAUAAAAUAAAGUGUGCCUCUGUAGGUAGUGAUGCAUCAAUUGACUAAUUUUUUAGUCUGUCAGAUGCUUGGUAAUUCUGUUUCACAGUCCCAGUUGUAACAUAAUAAAAUUAUAUCGAGUAUCUUACAGGAUUUUUGAUCAAUGUUACAUAGUUUUUAUAACCCGAGUCACAGAUUUUCUAGCCUCCAAUAAAACAGUAUGCAUUCUUAUUGACAGCAGUUUUUGUAAGAAUUCACAGAUCAGUAGUUCAGUUAUUAACAAGUAGUAAUUAUGGCUUUUAACCUUCUAUUCCAGAUUUAGAAGAAUGUGACAUAGAUUAUAGUAUAAUAGCAAUUACUUUUAAAUUAUGUUUUUUCCUGUCAGUAGAGUACAGUACUCUUUGAUAGUAAAGGCUCUUUUUAUGUAAUAUCAACAAUUACUGCUGCUAUAUAGUUCCUGAAGCAAAUUUAACUUUAUCAUAAAUAAGAUUUAAACUCAUCCUUAAGUUCCAAGGAAUUAGGUAUUUAGCAUGAGUGAGUAAAAUUUCAUCAUCCAAUUUUUGAAAAAUGGUAUUGGACUGAGCAAUUUUUCCAUGUUGACAUACCUAUUUUGAAAGAAGCUUUGCAUUGAUACCAACCAGAUUAUAUUUGAAGCUUUAAAAUCCUUAUUGGUUUUGAACUUGUCAUCUUGAUUCCUGUCUUUUGAGAAACUAUUCUAAAUGUGAUUGUACAGUAUCCGGUUUCAUUAUUGAAACUUGAACAUGAGCUGAAACAUGUUUUUAAAAAAUGAACUCCAUUUUUCGAAAAGAAAUGUUAUCUUCAUCCCAUUGUUCCUCAUAAAUAAAUGUCACAGCCUAAAUUUUCUAGUCGGAGCUUUAGGUUUAUGUUUCCUUUGUAAAUGAAGAGAAUAUUAUAAAUCUUUUUAUUAAAAUGUGAAAUGUAUUUUUGAUCAUGUUAUGGAUAUAUUAGGUAUAUUAUUAUAAAUAAAGUAUUUUUGAGAACAAA